CGGUCUUACACCGCGCAUCUCCUUUACCGGAAGUAAGAUGGCUGUCGAGGUGAAAAUGAAUUUUGAGAAACUUCAAACUGAUUUGGAAAAUCAGGAACUAGAGGCUCCAGGAGGAGUUGCUUCCUUUCAAGUGUACGGGCAGCUGUUGGGGCUCUAUCUGCUCCACAAUGACACGUGUAAUGCAAAGUUCUUAUGGAAGAGAAUUCCACAAACAAUCAAGUCGGCUAAUCCAGAGUUGUCCAGCAUCUGGAUAAUAGGCCAAAAGAUGUGGCAGCGAGAUUAUCCAGGAGUGUAUGAGACUGUGAAGAAGGAAUGGUCGGAACCCAUUAAACCUGUCAUGAUGGCUUUGUUUGAAGCUGCAAGAAAGCGAGCAUUUGAGUUGGUUGCACUGGCUUACUCCUCCAUCAAUGCUGAUGAACUGUCGUUAUUUGUUGGCCUCCCUGUCAACGAUGCAGUUAAAGCUGCAGUAGCUGAGGGGUGGGAGGCUGAUGCUCAGACAAGGUUCCUUAUUCCAAAGAGGAAAGUUCCUCCUCCGUGCCACGCCCCGCCCAGUGAGCACCAACUGGCCGUCUUAACAGACUACGUGUCUUUCCUGGAGAACUGACCAGUUACAGGACAGUGUGUGAGAGGGGAGAGAGAGAAGUUGCUAUUACCAAGAUGGAAACACAGGCACGUCGUCACGGUCCCAAAGAAACAUGUGGAAACUUCAUGUUUCCCUUCCUGUAACAGCAAGGAUAGACAAGACACUCAUGCACUGUGUUUUACGUUUCAGGCUUAACAUUUAGUUAGAAAAUAUAUGGAGUCAUCUAACACCUUAAAAGAUUCCAAGUGUUUCCAGAAUAUAUUCACAUAUUUAUGAGACAUUUUGUGCAACAACUACACUGACUCAUGUAUCAGCUGUGCUAUUUUGAGAGAAUGUAUGAAUGGUUUUGUAAAUAAAUUUAUCAAAUAUCA